CCUUUGACACUUAUAGUUAGGCUCUUAAUAAAAUCGUAGAUAUUCAUGACCGCUUAAAUAUUUACACACAAUGGAGUGCUUGUUGGUCAUUGUCAGGCAGAGGUAAGGCAGUGGCGUACAACCAGGGGUCGCACACAACUGCUGGCCCAGUAGCGUUUUUACCGUGCAAGGCUGUACCAUGUUUUGGAGCGGAGUGCGCCAAGUUUUACGUCCCACUUUACCGGGGCUGCUGCCGCGGACUUGGUCCCCGGCAAGUGUCACCUCUAGAAAUGUCAGGGGUUUCUCGGCGGUGUUCACGAGAGACACGCUGCCAAGAGUCGGCGUGUCUCCGUCAAACUCGAAGGCCAUCCCCGUGUCGGUAACGACGACACGACUCCCGAAGGGACAACCACUGGCUGCUACGCCGGUCGUGGCACGGUGCUACGUUAGCCAAGAUAUUCAGCCAAAUAUUCAGAUUGGAUCUUUGAGUAAGGAUGACACGCGUCGCAUUGUGAGCGUGACUUGGUCUGACGGGAAGAGACGAGAGUACCCGUUCCCCUGGCUACUGGAUAACUGCCUCUGUUCUGAUUGCUACCACGUCGAGUCUCAGGGUCGACUUUUGCCUUUCGACCAGCUCGAUAUCACCGCCCACCCGGAGUCGGUCGAGAGCAUCAACGGAGGUGACACGCUUCGAGUCUCGUGGAAUCGACGCCACCACAGCGACUUCGACUCCCACUGGCUGCGCUCUGUCAAGUUCGAUCAGAAGCCGCCGGAUGACGUCGCCCUCACGACUCCGACACUUUGGGGCGCGGAGAUCACUGAGUCUUUGCCCAGAUUUGAGUUCCGAGACGUUGUUUCGGAUGACCAGGCUUUGUUUGACUUCCUGAAGGCCUUCUACGAGUUUGGCAUCGUGAAGAUUGAAAAAACGCCGGCUGAACCACGCCAGAUCCCCAUUAUCGCAAAGCGAAUCGGCCCAAUGCGGGAGACAAGCUUUGGGCUGCUCCAACCACUCAAGAAAGGCGGGAACCAGGUUGAGGAGUUGGAUCCUGAUCGAGCCCUGUCGUACACGACAAAGGCUCUGCAGCUUCACACGGAUAUGAGUUGCCUCUACGAAACGACAUAUAUGGCGUUCUUCCACUGCAUUAAAUCCUCAAACUGUAAGGGAGGUGACAGUAUCUACGCGGAUGGUUUCCGGGCUGCCGAAAUGUUGAGGCGUGAAGACCCGGACGCGUUUCAAAUGCUGACCACCAAUCAACAAGAGUUCCGACUGGUGGGGGCGGAGCCUCAUGUGGGCGAUUUUGAUCAUCGGUGCUUCCAUUUCCCAAUCAAGCUUGACCAUUUUGGACGACUCAAGGCGGUUCACUACAGCACCCACGCCAGAACGACCGCAAUGUUCAUGCCCGUUGAUGACGUUCAGCCCAUGUAUAAUGCUCUCCAGGUCUUUGCUAAGCUUCUUGAGAGCCCAGAGAACGCAUACUACGUUAAACUACAAGGAGGUGAAAUGAUAGUUGUCAACAACCACCGCGUUCUCCACGGGCGUACUCCGUUCAAAGACUCCGGCGAGCGACACUUGGAGCUUGGAUACGUCGACUGGGACCACGUGACCUCGCGCAUGCGUGUCCUCCAAAGAAAACUGAGUGAUGACAAAAUGUGAAAACAGGUUUCGUUUAUCUCCUAUAAGCCAACAGUAUCCUCUGAAUGACAUAUCACGUACUUAAUUAAACCUGUCUGAUUGGAAAACUAACUUUUUAAAGUUGCAAGAUGGAAAAUAAAAAAAUCCUGUAAGGACAGGUACGGUAUCUGGUCCCAUAAUUAUUAAAACCAAGAGACGUAAAAACAUACUUUGAAAAUUUGAAAUAUUAAACCAGGCCCUCAAAAUAUUCUGUGGGAGCGAAGUUGUCAUAAUUGCUAGGUCAAACCGUUCGCUUGUCCCCAAAUUCCUAGGGGUGGAUCCAGGAAUUCUUCCGGGGGAGGGGUAGGCCGGAGAUUUUUUUAUGUCUCAUUUUUGCGGACAAGUGGAAACGACGAUGACAAAUUACAUGUCGCAUAACGAUGCACAUACAUUCAGCAUUUUUCUGGCAUUUUUGCCCGAUGCUUUGAUCACUCAGUACAUUGCAUACCAAUGACCUAAAACCCAAGCCACAACCACAACACAUGUGUAUUCGAUAUGCACAUUUUGAACCGUAUUAAAAUGAGUCCAUGUUACCUUUAGAUCUGAGGUUAAUGGGGUAUUGUUAACACCGAUUUCUGCACGGAUUGAGGUAAAAACCGAAAUGUUCGAAGAUGUCAGGUGCCCAGCUUUCCGAAAAUCAAUUAUGUAUACACUGUAUUUACAUAUCUAUAUUUAAAUUAAACUCAUAGUAAUAUGUCAGGAUCAGAAAGUAACUGGUGGUGCAGCCUGACACCUAUUGUACGUGCAAAUCACGAGAGGAUUAUAAAAAUACGGAACAUGCAUUUUAGGUACAAAGUCCCGUUUUGCGACUUCAAAUAACCUGUAUAUUUGAACUGUGAUAAAGGAUUACUUCGAUGAUGUUGGUUUUGAGCACUUCUAUCGAUUUAGGCACAAUGGACCUUGAUAAAACUGACCAAACUUGUAAGCCAUGAUGAUAUUCACUAACAGUGUUUAAAAGAAGUAGGCUUCCUUGCAUAUGUACAUGUAUAAUCAAAGAGUCCAAUCAGUAGGUUUAUAUCAAAAUAUACCUGAAAAGUAUUAAUAUGAUGCAACUAUGCUUUUUGUAGUAAAAAAAACGCUUGUCAGUUGUAGCCGUUCUAGAAAAAGGAAAACUUAAAACAGAAUGUGACAGUGUGAUAAUGGUACUUUGAAUCAGGUGUUAUUUUGCGUAUCCUUGUUUUACGUUACCUUCUAUUACCACUUGAAACUUAGUAUUGCUAGAAGCCAACUAUAUAUAAUAAUGAGGACAAAAGACACACUUGUUUAUGUUUAAAGUUAACUAACACUAUCUUCCAUUAAAUUUGGUAGUUAGAAAUGACUGCAGAAAAUCGGCAGAGUCAGAUUCAGGGGGCAACGGGGCCAUGUGUCCCCCCCCCCAAGAGAAGAAUCAAGAUUUUCAAAAAUCAGAGAAAGGUGUUUUUUUUCUCUAUGUUAUUUCCCUUGCUUCCAAAUGCACUCCCAAAGUUUUGCCCCCAAAAUUUGUUUCUGCAGAACAAAAAUUUUCGGGGAUUUUCUUAUGGAUUUACAAUUGGCCGAAGUUUGGGGGGUAAAAUUGUAAAAAUCGAUUAACGUUCGAAAAAAUACAUUCUCCUCCUAUGGUUGCUUUAAAUUUCCAUUGUUAUUGCCUUUGUCGAUGUAGUGGUAGAUUGUUUUCUGACGUAUUAAUAAACAGUUAGGCCUACUUUA